AUGACGGAGGAGUGCAAGAGAUGGUUCAUGGAGAUGAAAUGGAAGAAAGUGCACAGAUACAUCGUUUUCAAGAUCGAGGAGAAAUCCAAGAAAGUCACCGUUGACAAGGUUGGUGCUGCCGGCGAGACCUAUCAAGAUCUCGCCGCUUCCUUACCGGAGGAUGACUGUCGCUACGCCGUGUUUGAUUUCGAUUACGUGACCGUUAAUAACUGCCGCAUGAGCAAGCUCUUCUUCAUCACCUGGUCCCCGGAGGCGUCGAGAAUAAGAGAGAAGAUGAUGUAUGCAACGUCGAAGAGUGGGCUGAGAAGAGUGUUGGUAGGCAUUCACUAUGAGCUUCAAGCCACCGACCCAACCGAGAUGGGAUUUGACAAAAUCCAGGACCGGACCAAAUAA